AUGUCUUUUAACAAAAAACAUGAAAACCCACACAAUGAGACCAACAACUCAAGCUAUAAGAGCGACAAUACUAAUGAUGAUACUAAUAAGAAAGAAGAUUAUCGAAUUGCAAUUUGUCAAGAUGGAAAAUUUGCCAUUACAUUUGAUACGGCAAACCUUCGCAUUAAAAUAUUGGAAAAUACUGAUCAUCGCACAUUCAAUAUGAAAGAGUCUGAUAAUAAAAAAUCCGAAAAAUCUGAUCCCCCUUCCUUUAACCAAGAAUCAAAACUCAACACAGGCGAUGAUGAUGCAAAAGAGGAUGAAAAGAGUGAUGCAUUUAGAUGGUCCUUUGAUGUAUCAAAUUUACAUAAGAACGAUGAUGAAUAUUAUAUUCUUGUCACCAAAAGCUUGAAUUUACGCAAGAAUUGGCCGAGUUCAAGGAAAAAGCGAGGAGCAGCCUCUAAAAAAGGAAUUGCUUUUUAUCGUCUUGAACUAAAAGAAGAGAAGAAAAAUUAUAUUUUUAACAAUGUUACUUGUUAUUAUUCUGAUAGCAUUUCAGGAAUAUGUAGCUUUAUAGAAGUUACAAAUGAUGAUGAUGUUGAACAAAGAAGAUUUAUUAUAUUUAACUUUCACGAUGAACUAGAUAAUUGGUAUACGGAUUCAGGCACAGAUUGUAUGAAACGACUUCUCACGUGUGUUUACGACAAAUAUUUUUUGGUCACACAAUACAAAAAUGAUGUCCAAUCACUCGAAGUUGCAAAAAGAGUCGAAGAUAAAGAAAAAUAUGUAAAACAGUACAAUUAUGAUACGUUUUCAGUUAGUAAAUUACAGCUUUGUUUUACUCGAGGAAUUAAUAUUAUUAAGUUAUAUUAUAUGGAAAAUGGUUUACAAAUCGCAUCAAAAAAAUUUGAUGAAAUAGAAAAAAUAUUCUUAUUAGAAUUUAUUGAUAAUGAUGAAAAUUACUUAUUAUAG